AUGUCUAACCAGUUUGAUAACGGUUUUCAGGGUUCUCAACCCUUUAUAACAGAUAAUGAAUAUAAGAGUUUAUCGUUGGAUCAAUUAAGAUAUAUAUUAAACGAGAAGAAAAAAGAAAUAAAGAAAAACUAUAAACAAUUAAGUGAAAAAGAAAAAAUAAUUAGAGAUAUAAGAAAACUAGAUAAGCUUAAUGAAAAAGUAAAAAAAGGAGUAGAUAUAAAGAAGGAUUAUAAGAAAAAGAAAGAUACAACUAAAAAGAAAAAGAUAAAAACAUUUGAUGAGUAUUUUGCGGAAUGUAUAAAAAAUAAAGAAAUACCCAAAGAUACUCCACUCUAUUUAAGAGAAGCUCUUGAACGUGCAAUGAGAGAAUAUGACCAAGGACUUGUAAAAGAAAAAUCAUCUCUUUCAGGUUUUGCAAAUAAAUACAUAAUUGAAGGAGUUUUUGGUUUUAAACCGGAAGAAUUUUUUGAAAAUAUAAAUGAAACUUUAGUUGAUUUUUUUACUUAUCAUAGAAAUAUAAAAUUAAAGUUAGUUUUAGUUUGCUUAAUGGAAAAACAAGAAAUAGAAAAAACACAAGGUAUUAUAGAUAUAAAAGAAGAUAAGGCUUAUUUUAAUUCACCAACAUUUAAUAAUCUAAAAUCAGAUAAUGUUCAACGUUUAAUAGAUAUUAGUAAAGAAACUAUUUUAGGACAAAUGGAAGCGUAUUCAGAAAAAGGAAGUAAUUGGGUUUUUAAAGAAGUGGUAAAAUUAGAAAUUCAUACUGUUGAGUAUAACCCAAAUAAAGGAUCGUCUUAUAUUGAUCUUCCAAGUUGGAUAAAAAAUAAAAAAGCAAUUGUUAACAUUAAAAAUAAAGAUGAUAAAUGCUUUCUUUGGUGUAUACUUAGAUAUCUUCAUCCAAGAGAGAGAGAUGAGGAAAGAAUAAAUGAUUUAAAGAAGUAUGAGUUUUCACUUAACACUAAAGGAAUUACUUUUCCAAUGAAAGUAAAUAAUAUCACUCAAUUUGAGAAACUUAAUCCAGAACUUCCAGGAAUAAAUGUUUUUUCUAAUGAUGAUAAAAUGAUUAUUUAUCCUUUGAGAGAGGCAAAGAGAGAUUGUAAAAAUACUAUUGAUUUAUUUUUGUAUGAAGAAGAUGGUGCCUCACAUUAUACUCUUAUUAAAAAUUUUCAUAGGUUGAUAAGAUCUCAAAAAACUACAAGUCAUAAUGGUGAAAUAUUUAUUUGUAAGAGAUGUUUUAGUCAUUACACUAAAGAAGAAUUAUUAGAAAAACAUAUUAAAUAUUGUUCUAACAAUCAAACAGCACUUAUAACAAUGCCUGAACCAAACACAAUGUUAUACUUUAAAAAUUAUCACAAAAAACUUCCUGUUCCUUUUGUAGUUUAUGCAGAUUUUGAAUGUUUUACUAAACCAAUGAAUAGUUGCAGUCCUAAUCCAAAAGAAUCUUAUAAUUAUAAUUAUCAGAAACAUGAACCAUCAGGAUUUUGUUUUUAUGUAAGGGGAGUAGUAGAUAAAAAAAUUAAACCAAUUAUUUAUACAAAAACCUCUGAAGAUGAGGAUAUAUCAAAAGUAUUUGUGGAAAAACUUGAGGAAGUUACUAAAGGAAUUUAUAAUGAUUUUUAUCAAAAACCAAAACCUCUUAAACUAAAUAAGGAAGAACAAAAAUCAUUUGAGAAAGCAGUUAACUGUCAUAUUUGUAACCAAGAAUUAAAAGAGGAUAAAGUUAGAGAUCAUUGUCAUUUUACAGGUCAGUAUCGCGGAGCAGCACAUAACAAAUGUAAUCUUAUGUGUAAAAAACCAAAAGUAUUACCAGUUAUAUUUCACAAUCUUCAAGGAUAUGAUGCUCAUUUGUUUAUAAAACAACUUGCUAGAUUAGAAGGAGAUUUAAGUUGUAUUCCAUCAACAGAAGAAAAAUAUAUUUCUUUUUCUAAAAGUAUUAAAGUUGGUGAGUAUUAUUGCUUAAAACUUGGAAAAAUGUGCCCAAUAAAUUUUGAAAUACGAUUUUUAGAUUCAUUCAAGUUUCUUCAAACAUCACUUGCCAAUCUUGUUUCAAAUUUAUCAGCAGAUGACUUUCAUAAUACAAAUCAUAUAUUCAAGAAAAAUGUAGAAUUACUAACUCGUAAGGGAGUUUAUCCUUAUGAUUAUGUUUCAUCACUUGAUAAAUUAUCAGAAACACAAUUACCACCCAAAAAGGAAUUCUACUCCCAACUUUAUGACGAAGAUAUUAGUGAUGAUGAUUACCAACAUGCAAUUAAAGUCUGGAAUACAUUUGAAUGUAAAUCAAUAAGAGAUUAUCACAAUCUUUACCUAAAAUCUGAUGUAUUACUUCUAGCAGAUGUAUUUGAAAACUUUAGAAAAACUUGUCUCAAACAUUACAAAUUAGAUCCAGUUCACUAUUACACAUCCCCAGGUCUAGCUUGGGAUGCAUGUCUAAAAGAAACAGGACAGCAAUUACAGUUACUUCAUGAUUAUGAUAUGUUAAUGAUGUUUGAGCAAGGUAUUCGUGGUGGUAUAACACACAUAUCAAAAAGAUAUGCGGAAGCGAAUAACAAAUAUAUGAAAGAUUACAAUCCUGGAAAGGAGUCAACAUUUAUUCAAUAUUAA